CAACGUGGUCUAGGCAUAAUGUAGAACUUAAGAAGUUUGUUAGCGCUUUAAUGUAAUUAAAAAUGCAUUGUUGAACUAAACGUAGAAAGAAUAAUGAAUAAACUGUAUACAAAAUUACAACAAAAUAAUAACAGAAUACUCUAUCUCACAAAUUUGUGUGAAGAAAACCUACCGUGCAUAUUUGUGUAACUUAAUAUAAAGGUGAAGCUUCUAUGUAAUCAUGGAAGUAGUGAAGACGAAGGUUGAACCCAUGGCUGAUGAGAAGCAGGAUACGUUGUUGGACAUCAAAUUGAUGAAAAAGAAAGAUGAAAAUUUCACAGUAACUAGUAAUACAGGGGAAGCUGAUUCCUUGGAAGAAAGUUCUCUACAUACUAUUUUGAAAUUUGGUACGGUUAAAGAGGAGCAAGAGGGAAAGUGUGAUGGAGUAUUAGAGAAAAGUGAGAACUUAUUUGUUCAAGUGAAAACGGAGCAGUCUAGUGAUCUGCUACAAGAUGAUGAUGUUAUUUCAAAGUUCAGUUACAGUGAUGAUGAAGAUCAAAAUAAUUCAGAAUAUAAUGUUAUGAAUGUGAAAACAGAAACUGGAUUUCAAAGAGAUAUUGAAUCUGGGUUAGAAACAACAUCUGAUAUAAAGACCAGUGUGAACAUCUGUUGUCAGAGUCAGUUUCCUUGUUGUUGUGUUAUGAAACAAGAAGAUCACUUUACAGAAGACAUGAAAUCCCCAAACAACAAUAUUUGUGGAGAAACAAAGAUGGACAGCAACACUGAAAGUGAGAAGAUUAAGCAGAUGUUAGAAGCAUGUCCCCAUGACAUUGAACUUGGAAAUUCUAGUGAGAGUGAGUAUGAUGAGAUUGAAGAAACCUCGCACAUUUCAGCAUCCGACUACAGUGAAAGUGAGAUGUCAGAUGAAGAACCACCACCACAACAACCAGUACAGAAGAAAGCAAGACUUCAAACAGCAUGGUUUGGCAAGGAUAAAGUUACAAAGUGGGAGAAACGGGAACACCCUUCCACUAUGCACACUCCUGCACAUAAUAUAUACACAUGGCAUCCAGGGCCAAAAGGGUUAGCACUAAAAGCACAAACACCUUAUGAAUUUUGGUCUCUAUUUGUGACUCAGGAAAUUGUGGAUAUUUUAGUGACAAACACGAACCUGUACAUCAAUGAGGAGAGAGUGAAAUACACACAAAAGAGUAAAGCAAGAUUAACAAAUGUUGAGGAAAUGAAAGCUUUACUGGGGUUAAUAUUGUUAACAGGUAUUUUUCACAGCAACAGAAUGAAUUUGGAUGACCUGUGGAACAGUGAUGGCACAGGUGUGGAAAUUUUCCGAACAACAAUGUCUCUGCACCGUUUUAGAUUUCUCCUGGCUUGUCUCCAUUUUGAUGAAAAAGUGACACGUCAUGAUCGCAGGUCAGCUGAUAAAUUAGCACCAAUCAGAGAUGUUUUUGAAAAGUUUGUUGGAAAUUGUGCUGUGAAUUACUCUCACUCAGCUCAUGUUACCAUUGAUGAAAUGCUGGUAGGUUUCAGGGGAAAGUGUCCAUUUAGACAAUAUAUGCCGACUAAACCUGCAAAGUAUGGGAUAAAGAUAUUUGCAUUAGCUGAUGCAGAAACGUAUUAUGUGUCCAAAAUGGAAAUUUAUGCAGGUAAGCAACCAGCUGGACCAUACCAAGUAAACAAUUCUCCUACAGCAGUGGUCACCAGGCUGAUUUCUCCCAUCUCAGGUACAGGAAGAAAUGUAACAAUGGACAACUGGUUCACGAGCUAUGGGCUUGUACAAGACUUAAAGAAGAACCAUAACUUGACAAUCGUGGGCGUGAUAAGGAAGAACAAACAGGAGAUUCCUGGAGCUUUUUUGGAAAUCAAAAAUCGACCUGUACACGACAGUAUGUUUGGUUUCCAAAAGGAUGUAACACUGGUGUCCUACAUCCAUAAGAAACGGAAACAUGUUCUUCUUGUCAGCAGCAUGCAUCAUGAUUCAAAAAUUGAUCCAGAUACUGGUGCUAAGAAAAAACCAGAAAUUAUAACAUUUUACGACAAGACUAAAGGAGGGGUCAACAUGGCUGAUCAGCUAUCAGCAUUAUACAACACUUCACGAAAUAGCAGACGUUGGCCCCUGACAGUGUUUUUCAUGCUCAUGAAUAUUUCAACUAUUAAUUCUUAUGUCAUCUACUCACACAAUCCUCAGAACAAGCUCAGUCAUAGAUUGUUGAUCAAGAAAAUAGCCCUGGAGCUAAUUGAAGACUAUAUCAAGAAAAGACUGGAGUUGAAAAACCUAAAGAAAGAACUGAGAAGCAAAAUUGAAGGAUUCUCAUGUGAAGCAGGGCCUUCAGUGCAACCACCCAAAACAGGGAAAAAACACCGGUGUAAUUUCUGUGAAAGAAAGAAUGAUCGUAAAGUGAAGACAACUUGUAGUAAAUGUGGUAUGCAUGUUUGUCGUGAUCAUUAUAGUGUUCUGUGCUUUCAUUGUCAAGAUAGGGAAUCAUUUUAUGCUAUACUAAUUGAAACUUUUGUGCAUCGUCAAGGUGACCUUGAUGAUUUCGGAUGUCCAUCACCAGAUAUCAGUGGUGCUGCUAAGGAAUUGGAAAAGUCAAUGAUCUUGAAAACUAAUUUAAUUGAAGAACAGCAGAAAGACCCUUAG